UUCAGAUGCUUCCGGCAGCCAAUCAGAAGCGUCCAAGUCACAGCGCCGUGUUUGUACGGAAGAGAAGAUGGCUGCUGCUCGGAACGGGAAGAGCGGACUGCUGGAGAAAUGGAGGAUCGACGAGAAGCCGGUGAAAAUUGAUAAAUGGGACGGAGCGGCGGUGAAGAACUCUCUGGAUGACGCUGCUAAGAAGGUGCUGCUGGAGAAGUUUGAGUACGUGGAGAACUUCUGCCUGGUGGACGGCCGGCUGAUGAUCUGCACCGUGUCCUGUCUGUUCGCCAUGCUGGCCCUGGUCUGGGACUACCUGCACCCGUUCCCCGAGUCCAGACCGGUGCUCGCCUGCUGCGUCAUCUCGUACUUCAUCAUGAUGGGGAUCCUGACUCUGUACACGUCCUACAAAGAGAAGAACAUCUUCCUGGUGGCCCUGCAGAAGGACCCGGCCGGGAUGGAUCCAGACCACGUGUGGCAGCUCUCCUCCUCCCUCAAAAGGUUCGAUGACCUGUACACGCUCCGAGUGUCCUUCUCCGACGGGAAGACGAAGAACUGGAGGGAGGCGGAGUUCACCAAGUCUGUGGCGGUGUUCUUCGACGACAGCGGGACGCUCGUGAUGGACCAGUUUGAGAAGAGCGUUUCCAAACUCCACGACACGCUGGCCAUGGAGAAGAAGACCAAAUAACACACACACUGACACACACACACACACACACACACACACACACACACACACACACACACACACACACAC